UUCUACGCGCUAGGCGUGAAGAUUGAUCAUGAAUGUAACUCAUGUGCGAGGCUGUAUUACAACUGCUAUUAGUGUUAGAUCGUAUCUUAGGUUAAAGAAACUAGAAGGUUAAUUUGGAAAUUAAAGCUGCUAUUCUUAGCUUUGUAAAUGGAUGGAAAUUGGAGAGAUCCAGACGAGGAUGAAGAAGAGGAAGAAAGUGAAGCAUCAAAUGACAUUCAGACUGGACGAGACAGCUUGAUUUUCCUUAUUGAUGUGACAGAGGGCAUGUUUGUGAAAAGUGAAGAAACUGGGAAUAUUCCUUUUUAUUUGAGCAUAAAGUGUUUGAAGACAACAUUAGAAAACAAGAUCAUCAGUAGUGAAAAAGAUUUAAUUGGAGUUAUUUUUUUUGGCUCUGAAAAAGACAAAAACCCCAACGAAUUCAAGCACAUCUAUGUGUUUCAAGAUUUAGAUCAACCUGGACGUGAGAGGAUUUUGGAAGUUGAAGAACUUCUUGAUGAUGACAUCAAGACAUUUAAAGACAAAUUUGGACACAGCAACAAUUUUUCCCUUUCUGAUGCACUCUGGACAUGUUCUACAGUUUUUUCAAACUGUAAAACGAAUCUGAGUCAUAAGAGGGUGCUGCUGUUUACUAACACUGACAAUCCUCAUGCUGAGAACAAGCAGCUUCAACAGCAGGCAAAAAUCAGAGCUAAAGAUUUAUUUGAUUUAGGCAUUGAGAUUGAUUUGCUUCACAUAAAGAAACCAGGAGUCAGCUUUGACAUCACAGAAUUCUAUCAAGAUAUAGUGUAUUUAUCAGAAGAUGAACAGUAUGAAAAAGUUCCUGCUUCUGAAAAGAUUGAAGAACUUUUAGCGAGAGUUCGAAUAAAAGAUCACAAAAAGCGAUCUUUGGGACGCUUAACUCUAAAUCUUGGAAAACAUGUUGAACUAGCAGUAAAUGUUUUCAACUUAGUUCGUGCAGCAACCAAACCUUAUGCAGUAAAACUGGCAAAAAGUAACAAUGCAGAACUGAGAAAUAUGACCAAAACAUACGCAGGGGAUAAUGGGGAAAUACUAAUGCCAUCUGAUAUGAAAAAGUACCAAGAAUAUGGUGGGAGAAAAAUUUUUAUGGAGAUAGAUGAAGUCAAUCAGAUUAAACAUUUUGAUGAUCCAGGACUAGUGUUGAUGGGCUUCAAGCCAAAAUCAUCAUUAAAGCUUCAUCACCAUAUCCGAGCAGGCCAGUUUGUAUAUCCUGAUGAGAAAAGCAUAUCUGGUAGUACAAGGUUAUUUUCAUCUUUACUACAGCGUUGUUUGGAACGAGAGAAAGUAAUCAUCUGCCGAUACAUUCCACGAAAGAACACACCUCCAAGAUUGGUGGCCUUAGUUCCACAGAAAGAAGAGAAAGAUGAAGUAGGAGUCCAAGAUAUACCACCAGGGUUUCAGCUGGUAUUUCUUCCAUUUUCAGAGGACCUGCGAAAGCUGAACUUGGAAAGUAAACAAGAACCAUCUGAGUUGUUGGUUGAUAAAGCUAAGGAAAUUGUUAAAAAGCUGAAGUUCAGAUACCAUCCUGAAAACUUUGAUAAUCCAGCUAUUCAGAAACAUUGGCGUAAUAUUGAAGCUUUGGCCCUAGACAGGGAUAAACCUGACGAUAUGGAAGACCACACCAUGCCUGACCAAGAAGCCAUUGAAAACAGAGCAGGAAAGUUAAUAGAAGACUUUAAAACUCUAUUUCCUGGUGGAUUACAGGAAGAAACAAGUGGUAAAAGGAAGCAGGGUGCAUCAACUGGUGGAGCUGCUAAACGAGCAAAGUCUGAAGAGCUUGUCAAUGUAGACAUUAAACAUGAGGCUGAGGCUGGUCAGCUGGGGCGACUGACGGUAAAUGUACUGAAGGAAUUUUGUAAAAAACAUGGAAUUAAAGCAGGAACCAAGAAGGCUGACAUCAUUGAUGCCAUCAGUAAUUUUUUUGGGAUUGGAUAAGUUUAAAUGGUGUUGAAAAAACUUUACGAGAAUUGUGUUGAAUGAGUCGUACGUGUUACAACUUUUAAAUAAUAUGUGAAAAAUACAUUUUAUGAUUUUAGAAUGUUCUUUAUAAUUAAAAUCUUGUUGUUUUAUUUCAUCCAUUGUGUUUCAUUCAUUUUAACAAAAGCUAAGAUUUAGCGUGUUUAUCCAUGUGAAAAGUUUUAACUGUAGUUCUUAGUUUAUUGUUUUCCCAUUUGUUUUGUUCUCAGUUUUUAAAUCUCUUUCAGUUAUCUUUCAUCAUGGAUCUAUUUGUAUUGUAAAUAAUGAUAAUUAUCUGCAAAAGGUAUUUCACAACACUUUAUCAACAUCACUAGUAUGUCUAGUCUGACGGGCCCUGGGAUUGGUCCAAAGACCUUGUCAGCACUUGAAAUGACAUAUAUAGUGUGGUUGAUUUAUUGUCACAUAUUUUUAUCUACUUUCACUUACAAGUUUUAAAAAACACUAUUUUUGUUUAUUUGCAAAGAAGGGAUUAAUUUAAGACAUACUUGCAGUUGGAUUAAAGCUGUGGGACCCUUGUAUUUGAUAACUUAAAACCAUUUUUC